AUGGCGUGUUAUUAUGGUUAUACGGAUAUGGUACAGUGGAUUUUACAUAAUGAAGUGGAUGUGGAUCAAUGUAGAGAUGAUGCGAUUACUGGUCUCUACAUUGCAAGUCAGGAAGGACAUAUUGAUAUAGUAAAGUUGUUGUUAGAGAGAAAUCCUACUAUUGAUAUAUGUAACAAUGAUGAAAGGAAUCCUAACGUUGAUCUAUGUAACAAAAAUGGCUGUAGUCCACUGAACAUGGCAAGUCAGAAAGGACAUACUAAUAUUGUAAAGUUGUUGUUAAAGAGGAAUCCUAAUGUUAAUCUAUGUGGCAAUAAUGAAUGUAGUCCUCUGUACAUGGCAAGUCAAAAUGGACAUACUGAUAUAGUAAAGUUGUUGUUAGAGAGGAAUCCUAAUGUUCAUCUAUGUGACAUUGAUGGCUGUAGCCCUCUGUACAUGGCAAGUCAGAAUGGACAUACUAAUAUAGUACAGUUGUUGUUAGAGAAGAAUCUUAACGUUGAUCUGUGUAACAAAAACGGUUGUAGUCCACUGAACAUUGCAUGUCAGAAAGGACAUACUGAUAUAGUAAAGUUGUUAAUAAAGAGGAAUGCUAAUGUUAAUCUAUGUGGCAAUAAUGGCUGUAGUCCUUUGUAUAAGGCAAGUCAGAACGAAAAUACUGAUAUAGUAAAGUUGUUGUUAGAGAGGAAUCCUAACAUUGAUGUAUGUGACAAUGAUGGCUGGAGUCCACUGAGACAGGCAAGUGCGAAAGGACAUUUUGAAAUAGUAAAGUUGCUGUUAGAGAGGAAUCCUCAUAUAGAUCUAUGUGACAAAAAUGGUUGUAGUCCUCUGUACAUGGCAAGUCAGCAAGGACAUACUAAUAUAGUAAAGUUGUUGUUAGAGAGAAAUCCUAAUAUUGAUAUAUGUGACAAUGAUGGCUGUAGUCCUCUUUACAUGGCAAGUCGGAAAGGACAUACUGAUAUAGUAAAGUUGUUGCUAGAAGAGAAUCCUAACGUUGAUCUAUGUGACAAAAAUAGUUGUAGUCCACUGAACAUGGCAAGUCAAAAUGGACAUACUGAUGUAGUAAAGUUGCUGUUAAAGAGGAAUCCUAAUGUUAAUUUAUGUGGCAAUAAUGGCUGUAGUCCUCUAUAUUGGGCAAGUCAGAAUGGACAUAAAUAUAUAGUAAAUUUGUUGCUAGAAAAGAAAACUAACGUUGAUCUAUGUAACAAAAACAGUUGUAGUCCACUGAACAUGGCAAGUCAAAAUGGACAUACUGAUAUAAUAAAGUUGUUGUUACAGAGAAAUCUUAACGUUGAUCUAUGUAACAAAAAUGGUUGUAGUCCACUGAACAUGUCAUGUCAGAAAGGACAUACUGAUAUAGUAAAGUUGUUGUUAAAGAGGAAUGCUAAUGUUAAUCCUUGUGGCAAUAAUGGCUGUAGUCCUCUGUAUAAGGCAAGUCAGAAUGGAAAUACUGAUAUAGUAAAGUUGUUGUUAAAGAGGAAUGCUAACAUACAUCUAUGUGACAAUGAUUGCUGCAGUCCACUGAGACAGGCAAGUGCGAAAGGGCAUUCUGAAAUAGUAAAGUUGCUGUUAGAGAAGAGUCCUAAUAUUGAUCUAUGUGACAAUGAUGGCUUGAGUUCUCUGUACAUGGCAAGUCAAAACGGACAUACUGAUAUAGUAAAGUUGUUGUUAGAGAGGAAUUCUCAUAUUGAUCUAUGUGACAAAAAUUGCUGGAAGGCACUGAGAAAGGCAAGUAAGAAUGGAUAUACUGAUAUAGUAAAGUUGUUUUUAGAGAAGAAUCCCCAUAUUGAUCUAUGUGACAAACAUGGCUGUAGUCCACUGUACAUAGCAAGUCAGCAAGGAGAUACUGAUAUAGUAAAGUUGUUGUUAGAGAGAAAUCCUAAUAUUGAUAUAUGUGACAAUGAUGGCUGUAGUCCUCUGUACAUAGCAAGUCAGAAAGGACAUAUUGAUAUAGUAAAGUUGUUGUUAGAGAGAAAUCCUAAUAUUGAUACAUGUGACAAUGAUGGCUGUAGUCCUGUGUACAUGGCAAGUCAGCAAGGACAUACUGAUAUAGUCAAGUUGUUGUUAGGGAGAACUCCUAAUCUUGAUCUAUGUGACAAUGAUGGCUGUAGUCCUUUGUACAUGGCAAGUUUGAUUCAUUCAAUUACCCUGUUUUCCUUGCAUUUAGUAAGUAAAUCUUCUGCUAUUUUGGACGUCACGAAAAUAAAAAAAAACAGUGAAUGGAGCUCUUUGUUAAUACUUGACUUUCAUUAUUAA